CAUCCCUCUACAUAAGCAAUUAACCUUGCAUUAUCUAUCAGCUUCUUAACAAAUACAAGUACAAAGCAGAGUUCUAAAGAUAAACUACCAUAAUUAUGGCUACGAUAAAUAGACUACCAUUAGAAACUACAAGACUGCUACGCCCUCAGGCUGUACCAAGGUCUGGAAAAACUCUCUCUAGAUCAAAAUUACUGCUGAAAAGUGUGUGCACAUGGUCUCCAGCUGUGACUCUAAUAUUUGCUUGGACUUUUCUGAUUGGUGCCAUGUACGAAGGAGCUGACAAUGCUAAACAUGCUUUCAUCGAAGGACUGGGUGACAAUACUACUAAGAGCCCCGUAGACUUAUUGAUUGUAGUACACGGCCUGCUUGCUAUAGCCAACAUGUUCUACCCCCUGGGUGGUCUGCUAGCAGACGUAUGGUGUGGACGAUAUCGAAUGGUUGUCUCCAGCCUUUUUUUUCUUUGGUUGUGUCUGGCCCUUAUGACUGUACUGGCAAUAGUGCAUGUAUCAACCAUUGGAACCACUACAAAAAUCGUUGAAGUAGUUCUCCUUGCUCUGUCAUUUGUGACGUUUAUACCAGCUCUUGCAGGAUACAUUUCGAACAUAGUUCAACUCGGGUUCGACCAGCUUCAUGACGAGCCUAGUCAGUCACUGGGAAUGUUUGUGCACUGGCUCACUUGGGCAGAGAAUUUGGGAAUCACUGUAGUUCACAUCUUCAAUACAGUGGUGCAAUGCACAGAGGGAGACAAGAGCAUAGGACAAACAAUGCGUGUAGCCUUUUAUUUUUCUCCGACGGCCUUCCUAAUAAUUCUUUCAGUGUUACUAGUGAUUACUUCAUUCACCCGCCGCUACUUUUACAGAGAAUAUAUUCACAAGAACCCAUACAAACUGAUUAUCAAUAUUCUGAACUUUGCUCGAAAGAACAAAAAUCCAGUACGUGCACCGAGUGCAUUUGUGUACACUUAUCACAGAAAGCCAUCGAGAAUUGAUUAUGCCAAAGAGGUCUAUGGUGGUCCAUUCACUAACUCCGAUGUAGAUGAUGUUAAAACAUUUCUACGUGUCCUACUUGUACUAUUUGCCCUAGGGCCUAUUUACAUAAUAUACGCUUCAACUUCAAACACACUAUUCCCUCUCUUUGAACUUCACACUAGCAAUGAAACCGCAGUUAAUAACUCCACCUGCACAGCAAGAUGGAUUCUCUUGGAAAGUGGAUGCCUUUCGAAAGUCAUCACACUCAUUUUACUGCCCGUGUACAUCAGAGUAGUAUAUUCUGUGAUGCGAAACAGGGUACCCAAGAUUAUCACCCGAAUAGGCAUAUCGGCCGUUUUCUAUAUACUAUCUGUGGCUAGUAUGCUAGUGAUUGAUCUGAUAGGACACGUCACAAGGUAUAUUAAUGGAGAACAGAAUACAGUCUGCUUGUUUUUUCAAAAGAGAGAUGACAUUGACUCUUUGCACAUGAGCUGGUGGGUACAAAUAAUACCAAAUCUUUUACUGGACAUUGCCCCUACAAUUUUGCAAGCCACAACUCUUGAAUUCAUAUCAGCUCAGGGACCACACACAAUGAAAGGUGUACUUGUCGGCCUACUAUAUGCAAUCAGAGGGUUCUACCAACUUAUAAGUGCUGCCUUCAUAUAUCCAUUUAGCCUUCAUUUAUGGAGAAAAAAUGAGGGUCCCAUUUUUAGUUGCGAACUUGGCUACUUCCUGGUGACAAUAGGAUUAUCUCUAGUGGGUGUGGUUAGUUUUAUAAUCAGUGCCUGCAGGUACAAGUAUAGAGUACGUGGGGAGGAAGGGUUUUCCCAGAGUGACGUGGAGGAGGUAUUUGAGCGACGAAUCAGGCAAGAGCAAGAGUACCUGAGGGGAUUCAGUCAACAGGAGCUAUCAGCUUACCAGGAGGAGGAGAUGACUACCAAUGAUUACUAAAGGCGGCCUCGGAUCGAAUUAUAGACUUUCAUACUAUUACUACGUAACAGGUACAUGUAGAGAGUUGUCUAAUAUUAGAAAACCUGAAUCCCUACUUUUGACAUAAUUAUACGAACUUGGCAUGCACUGUAUAAUAUUAUAUUACCAUAAUUAUAAGUGCCAACUUCCAAAUCGAGACAAAACAUG